UGUUUUCAAGCAAUUAUGAUGCUUUUGAAAAGCACUCACGAUAGUGGGCAAAUACAUAUAUAAGUAGAAAGGGUGACAGUGGAAUGACAUUUCCAAUAUGUUUCGACUUGUAGUUCUAGCACUUUUUGGCGCUGUAGGCGCUGUGGAUUUUGUCAUACAAAAUAAAGCUGGAGGAAUGGUUUGGGUGGGCAUUCAAGGAAAUCCUGGAUAUCCACAUUUGGAGAAUGGCGGGUUUCAGUUGAAUCGAGGACAGUCAAGAACAGUUCGAGCGCCAGAAAAGUGGGAAGGACGAAUCUGGCCAAGGACUUGGUGUGAUCCCAAGACGAAGCAUUGCUUGACGGGAGAUUGCGGCAAUAAACUCCAGUGCGCAGGUGCUGGUGGAGUUCCGCCAGCUAGUCUUGCAGAAAUAAAACUUAAAGGGAAUUCUGGACUUGAUAAUUACGAUGUAUCGUUGGUUGAUGGAUUCAAUAUCCCUAUUGCGUUUUGGCCAGUAAAUGGAAAAGCCGAUGGCAGUCGCCUUAGUUGCAAGCGUGCAAGCUGUGACAAGAAUCUCAAUUCAAGUUGUCCCGGUCCUCUACGACUCAAUAGCGCUCACGGUGUCAUUGGCUGCAAGUCGGCCUGUUUAGCGUUCAACAAUGACGAAUACUGUUGCAGAGGGGCCUUCAACAGCUCUAAAAAGUGCAAGGCUAGCGGAUAUGCCAACUUCUUCAAGUCGAACUGUCCUAUGGCGUACAGUUAUGCUUACAAUGAUGAUAAGAGUUUGAUGACUUGUAAGGCGCAGAAAUAUAUGAUAACCUUUAUGUGAUAUGUAGUACAUCGAGAUAAAGGGAAAUUUGCCAAUUCUUUCUGGUUUUACUGGUGUUCUAAC